AUGAGUAACCAAACCUUUGUUUUCUCUCUGGGUGCUUGGAUAGUCCCAUCCGUCUUCGAUGCUACUAGAUCCCAUCUGGAAUCUCUCGGUUUCUCCUCCGCUUGUCCCGCGCAUCCCUCUAUUGGUGCCGAACCGCCAUCCAUGACACUCGAGGAUGAUAUUGAAUCUCUGCGAGGUGUAUUGACCGCAUAUGUGGAUAAUGGACGGGAUGUCAUUGUCGUCGCUCAUUCUUACGGCGGCGUAGUUGCUUCUUCCGCCGUUGAAGGACUUACCAAGACUGCUCGGACAGAGGCAGGUAGAUCCGAGGGUGUCAUUAAAGUGAUAUACCUUGCAGCAUUCGCUUCGGAUAAGGGACAGAGCUUGCUAGGAAUGCUAGGGGGCAACUAUUUGCUGUGGAUGAAGGUCGAGGGUGAUUAUGUUCACGCCGAUGGUGCAGGUGAUGUGGGCUGGCAAGAUAUUCCUCUCGAGAACCAAGAGAAGUGGAAUUCCCUGACACUCCACACAUCACGUGAAGUAUUCUCUGGAGAGUCAACCUUUGAGCCCUGGAGGGAUAUUCCUUGUGCAUACAUUUUGUGUAAGAAUGAUCGCGCUCUUCCUCCCCCCUUCCAGGAAUUGUUCGCUUCAAAAGUGGCAGGGCCGGAGAACACUUAUCGACUUCCGAGUUCUCACUCGCCAUUAUUGAGUAUGCCCGAUCGUCUGGUAGAGACGCUGAAAAAAGUCACCGUUUGA